UAUCAAAAUGAAAGCCAUUUGCUUCGUUCUAGCCGCGUUCUCGCUGGCCCUUGUUUCCGUGGCCAGCGCUGAGAUUGUAGAAGCGGAACCUUUUGCCAAGACCUAUUCCUCCUGCAAGGCCUUGAGCCCCAAAAAGAGUGGUGUCCAGAAGAUCAAGGUGGGCAAGGACACCUUUGAGGUGUACUGCGAGGAAGGGAUCAAUGGAAAGGGUUGGCUGGUCAUCCAACGCAGGGUCAGUGUCGAGGAGAACUUCUUCCGCAACUGGACCUCGUAUCAGACGGGCUUCGGUGAUCUGAAGGGUAACUUCUUCCUUGGACUGGACAAGCUGAACAAGAUCACGGCUUUGGAGCCCCAGGAGCUCUUCAUCCAGCUGGUGGACUUCAAUAACACCUCUCGAUAUGCCCAAUACGAUCUGUUUAGUGUGGGCAACGUGUACAGUAACUACUCCCUCACGCAGCUGGGCAACUACAGUGGAACUGCUGGCGACAGCUUGAGAUACCAUGUGGGCCAGUCCUUCAGCACCUUCGACAAGGAUAAUGACCAAAGCUACGUUAAUUGCGCAGCUAAAUUUAAGGGAGCUUGGUGGUACAGGGAUUGCCUGAACAGCAAUCUGAAUGGUGCCUAUCUGGGCGGUAAUUAUACGGAUCCCGAUCUCUAUGGCUCCGGAAUAGUCUGGGCCGACUGGAAAGGCGCGUCUUAUAGCUACAAGACUGUCAAUAUAAUGGUGCGUCCUAAAUAAGUGGAUCAAGAAGCAGCCCAUAUCAUUGUCGCUAUAUCAAUAAUAAAGAGAACAACUCUGUUAUUAACAACA